AUGAUCCCCGCCGCUACAGCGAAGUACAACUGGAUCCUUGCCAUCACCUCGAUCGCCUUCGUCUUCAGUGCCUUUGGUAACGGAGCCAACGAUGUUUCCAACGCGUAUGCUACCUCUAUCGCGGCCAGGACCCUCAACAUGGCCACGGCCGGUGUCCUGGCGAUGUUCACAGAAUUCAUCGGCGCAGUAGCCAUGGGCGCCCGGGUCACCGACACAAUCAAGAAUGGAAUUAUUGGCAUCGAUCGCUUUGAGGGCAAGCCUGGUGCUCUCAUGCUGGCCAUGGGCUGUGCUGAGAUCGGCAGUGCAUCCUGGUUGAUGUUCGCUACCAAGUGGGGGUGGCCUGUCUCAACCACGCAAACCAUCGUUGGUGCCCUCAUCGGAGUCGGCUUCGCUUCCGAAGCUUCCAUUUCUUGGGAGUGGAAAAAGGGAAGUGUAUCCCAAGUCGCUGCAUCAUGGGGUAUUGCUCCUCUUGUGGCGGCUGGUUUCUCCGCCAUCAUUUUCGGCACACUCAAGUACAGUGUGCUCGAGCGGGCUGAUUCUUUCAAAUGGGCCAUGCGGUUGAUUCCGGUCUAUCUCGCCAUGACAGGUGCCAUUCUUGCCCUGUUCAUUGUGGUCGAAGCCCCGACAGCUCCAUCGCUGGAAGAGUUCGGUGCCGGCAAAGCUGCUGGUAUCAUCAUCGGUGUUUUCUUCGGCUGUCUUCUCGUCGCUUAUGUAUUUUUCAUGCCGUACUUCAAGCGUCGUCUCAUUCACAAAGACGCUCGCAUCAAGUUCUACCACAUCCCUCUCGGCCCUCUCCUGUUGAGAGAAAACCCACCAUUAUACUUCCCAGGCAAGGGUGACGAAAUUGUGGUCAGCUACUACGAAGAUGCAUAUGGCGAAGUGCAAGCUGGGCAAAAGGAUGCCGAGAAGAAAGGAACCACAACCACCGCAGACUCCAUCAUGCCAACGCCAGAGAUCGCACCUCAGGUCAAGCCUGGACAAAUAGGCGACGAUGAAGAGAAGAAACUGGACUCGGCCACGUCGUCACCGGAGAUCAAGCCCCGCAAGAAGCACCUUGAACCAAAGGAGCGAUUCAUCGACCCUGUCCGAGACCUUUCAUGGAAAAAUCCCCAGAAGCAUUAUGGAUAUCUGAAGUGGAUUCUCCUGCAGGGUGUGACACGGGAUGUGAUCACACAUGACUCACCCGAGCUGCGCGCAAUCCAUGCUCGAGCACACCGUUACGACGACCGCGUUGAGCACCUCUGGACAUACUGCCAAGUUGUAUCUGCGAUGAUGAUGUCCAUUGCUCACGGAUCGAACGAUGUGGCCAACGCCGUUGGCCCAUGGGCUGCAGUUUACAGCACAUACAAUGCCGGUGUUGUCGAAACAGAGGCACCGACGCCAAUUUGGUUCCUUGUCAUUGCGGGUCUGCUGCUCGGUCUCGGCUUUUGGUUCUAUGGAUACCACAUUGUUCGUGCCCUUGGUAACAAGAUCACGCAGAUGUCGCCCACUCGUGGUUUCAGUGUUGAGCUUGGAGCUGCAAUCACCGUUCUUCUGGCCUCGAGACUUGCAUUGCCUGUUUCCACAACACAGUGCUUGACUGGUGCUUCUAUGGGCGUGGCGCUCAUGAACUAUGAUCUUGGUGCUGUCAACUGGAAGCAACUUGGUUUCAUCUUUGGUGGAUGGGUGUUGACAUUGCCUUGUGCCGGAUUGAUAUCGGGACUCAUCUGUUUGAUGGCAUUGAAUGCCCCCCAUCUGUAA